UCUCUCUCUCUCUAUCUGUGUCUGAGCAAAAGUGCUUUUAGAUAUGGCUGAGAGAGAGAGAAGAGAGAGAGCGCAACUCAUUACCUUCCUUAGAUAAUCUCAUUCCCUCUAUAUCUCUCUGUCUCUCUUCUGCCCUUGUACAGUAUCAUCUUCGUGCCUGGCGCUCAUGUAGAAGAAACAGAGUACGGAUCGGGGAAGUAGAUCUCUUCCUCUCGACGUAUCUCUUGGAUAUGGGAACUUUGGCGCUUGAAACUAAGAGUGUAGGCUCUGAUACGUACCUCUCUUUGGGGCUUCAAGAAGUGGGCAAGGAGAACCCCGGAAUCCCACGAGUUCUAUCACUUCUUUCUUCACUCCUCGAGAGAUCAGUUCAGAAAAAUGAAAUAUUAUUGGAGACUGCACAAAUUAAAGAUGUUGUUACAAUAUUCCACGGUUCAAGGGCACCUUCUCUAGGAAUUCAACAAUAUAUCGAUCGCAUAUUCAAGUACUCGUGCUGCAGCCCAUCCUGCUUUGUUGUUGCACACAUUUAUGUGGAGAGAUUUAUUCAACGGAUGAAUGUUCAUAUCACUUCUCUCAAUGUUCAUCGGCUUCUAAUCACAAGUGUGAUGGUAGCAGCAAAAUUUGUUGAUGACGCAUUCUUCAAUAACGCAUACUAUGCAAGAGUGGGAGGAGUAAGCACAUCCGAGUUGAAUAGAUUGGAGAUGAAGUUCUUGUUUGGUCUAGAUUUCCAGCUUCAUGUAACCAUUCAAACCUUUGGGAAGUACUGUUCGCUGUUGGAAAAAGAAACAGCUGCAGUGAUCCAGAUUGAACGACCAAUCCUAGCCUGUGGAAUCAAGGAGAGCUGGUCCAACCAAGACUGCAGUUCCACAAUCGCCCAAUAAAAGAAUUGGAACAAAUUUUCAUGUAUCAUAUUUAAGUUUCUCAUUUUGGGACAUAUGCCAGUUAGAAAAUGGAUAUUGAAUUCGUAUUGUGAGAGUCAUGCAAGGAUGAUCAUUUCAAAACCAGAAUGCUUGUUUGUUUUACCUUCUCUGCUUCUAUGUUGUUACGUCUAUUUUCUUGGUAAGAUUGUUUUUGGUUUUCAUUUUUGUCA